AUGUCCGGACCAGCGCCCGCGUCCGCGCGUCGCGUCGCGCCCGCGGCACCGCCGCGCGCGUUCCCGUCAUCGCGUCCGCGGCGCGCGGGGCCCCGCGCCCCUCGAACGCGCGCGCGCGUCGUCCCCCCAAACAAGGAGUGGCCGCCCGCCGACGUCUGGGAGGAUUUCCGCAAGAACGUCACGGGGGAGUGGACCGGGCACGCCGUCGCCCUCGGCCCGACGGGCGACAUCGUCCCCUUGCCGGACGAGUACGUGCCGAGUAGUUUCAAAGAAUACGGCGUGGGCGUGAACCAGUGGAGCACGCGCGCCACCACGGCGUACGACGGCGACGGGGGCAUCGACGCGGUGGACUCCUUCUCAACCACGACGAGGUACCUGUGGCCCGAGGCUGGAUGCGAGUUCGGGAAGGAGGACGUCGCGGUGACGAGGGGCGGGGACGAUCGCCUGAUGGCGGGCGCGCAGAUGGGCAAGAUGUGCGUCGUGGACGGGGACUACGCGCACGGACCUCUCGUGCUGCCGCCGUGCGAACACGGGUCACGCGUCAAGUUUCAGUUUGGAUUCUCGCAGCGAACGCGGCCCGCCGACGAAACGAGCUCGAACGGACCCAUCAAGCUCACGCUCGACAAGAAAGACGACAUGAAAGGAGGCGACCGCGAGCCCGACCCUAAACCCGCGCGAAGGAUCCGCGUGGAGGUCACCGUGGAGGCCAAGCCCGGGGAGAAACGCGACUGGCGACUGGCCAAGGUGGAGCUCGUCUCCGAGGCUCGAACGGAUGCCAACGGGACGGUCCUCGGUUCGAAUCCGCGCGCCCCCGAACACUCGCCGCGGCUCGGCGAGGACGACAUCGCCACCGGGGAGUGGCGCGCGGUCCAGGGCGCCACGUUUCUGACGUGCGAGUCGCUGUUGGACGACGAGGCGUUCGACCUGAGCUUCGACGACGAGCCUUCGCGACUUAGUAGCCAAUCGUCGGAUGACACGUCGACGUCGGACGGGUUCGACGGCCAAUCGUCGGAUGACACGUCGACGUCGGACGAUGAACGGAUGCGCGUCCGCGUGGGCUCGGGCAAGGGCCGCGCCGGGCGCGGUCGCGUGAAGAAGGGCAAGGGCGGAGAGAAGGUCGGGGAGGAGAAGGGAGGAGGGGAAGACUCUCGCGAGCUCGUGACUCCGACGGUGGUCAAAUCGGCGGCUGAGCUGGAGGCGGAACGGAAGGAACGAAGGCGGAACCGGCCCCCGCCUCAGGGUCUCAUCGUCGUCCCCACGUGGGCGGUGAGUGCAAAGGGGCCGUUCUCGUCGGCGUACGAGUACCUCGUCGGCGGUAAGUCCCCGCUGGUGCUGCUCCCGAUGCGAAUGUGGUGUCUGGUGGAGAGCGUGGGGCGAGACGAGUUACUCGUCGAGGUUGGCGUGUACGCGGGGCCCGGGGGUCUGGACGAGGACUGGCACGACCUGGCUUUAACGGAGGGGGGCGGCAGCGAGCCCAGGAGGGUAGCCGCGAGGAGGUACGAGCGCGGGGGGCGGUUCGCGAGUGCUUUUUUCGUCGAGGAGUCGAGGAUGACGAAGGCGGAACUCGAGCAGGAAAAGGGAGAGGGGGAGGGGGGAAACCCGCUCUACUUCUGA